AUGAGUGCUGAGACCGAGGCGAAUAUCACUGUUGGAUUACAUAAUCGCGUCAAUAAGGUAAAACGGUUCAUACCGAGCAAGAGUUUGCUUUCGCGGUUGAAGUUUAGGUUUUGGAGUGGCGGGAAGGGAAGAAGUGUGUAUCAUGGUAGUGGUUCAGCAGUGGCUGUUUCGUCCCCGCUGUCGACUAGCUCAUCUGGUGUUAAUGCUGGUUGGUCAAGUGCGGCUGGUGCUCCUGACCUUUAUCCUAAAGUGAAGCAGGAAGUUGUUGGUGGUGCUGGCAGUGGCAGUGGCAGUGACAGCAACAAUGGGCCCUUUUUCCAACCUUAUCUGUCGAGAUUUGAUGAUUAUGACGAUUUGGAUGAACAUGAAGCGUAUCUCAGUCAGGAGUUGCGAGGAAAACGAGAAGGCAAUGAACCUAAAGUGAAACAAGAAGUACUGGAGCCAAGGUAUGGGAUGGAUCUGAUUGCGGAGGAGAGGGAGUCUGAUGGUAGUGAUGGUACUGAAAUUGUGGAUUAUCAUGGUGAUGACGCUGUGUCUGGUUCUGGGUCUGUCUCUGCUGCUGAAUCCAAUGAAGAAGUUUGCAUUUACCCUACACCAGGCACCGAUCAUGAAGUCCACACUGACCGCAGCGGGCUAAGACAAAGGAUCAAACAGGAACGAUUACGCACAGCUACCACACCGAGCGAUAGCGAACAAAGCACCACUGCACCUUCGCCACAUCAUGAUGGCUAUGAUGCGCCUUCAAAUGUGCAUGACGAUAGUGGCGACGCCGAUGCUGAAGGCGCGAGUGCAGAAGAUACGACCACGACAAACAGCUCGGCAGUCACUAGUGAUGCAAGUGAUGGUGCUAGUGAGGGUGGUAAUGAUGAGGCGAGUGUUACGAAUAUGACUCGUGUGAGUGGUGAUGAUUUCGUCAAGAGUUAUAAGAUCGAUGAGCCUGUUAUUGACCUGGUGAAUGACCUGGAGUCGUAG